AUGGAAUCAAGCAAUGUGAAGAACAAGUCAAGUGGAAAAAGAAAGAUGUCUAGUGAGGACACAAGAAGUUACUUCGCAUGGAACUUGGAAAUGGAGCGUGUACUAGCUUAUGUGCUUAGAGAUCAAAGCAAUUUGGCCAAUAAAGGUGAUGGAAAUUGGAAAGCAGUAGCAUACAGUACUGUAGCUCAAAUUUUGUCCAAGUAUUUUGGAGUUCACCUCAUGGCAAAUAAUGUUAAGAACCAUUUUAAGCUUCGGAGAACAUGGUAUGGAAUUGUGAGUGACAUUCUUAGUCAAAGUGGAUUUAACUGGGAUAACACAAACUACAUGAUUACCAUUGAAAAUGAAAUUGCCUGGAAAGAAUAUGUUAAGUCACAUGAAGAGGCCAAACGAUUUUGA